AUGGACGAGGUCGGGUCGGAUGAUACGACUAUCCCUAGUGAUGCCGUGGAGCAACAAACAGUGGCAGUCCUGCAGCACGUUAAUAGCCAACUGAAGCAGCGUAUACAAGGUCUGGAGAGCGACAACGAACGUUUGCAAGCGAACUACGAAACGGCCUGUCAGGCACGAGAUGAGGCGCUGGCUUCAAAGGAUGACAUCAAAACACAACGAGGCGAGCUGUUGAAAUUGCACAACGAGCAGCCCAAAAAGAUUCAAGCACUGGAAGCGGAACUUGCCACAGUCAAGCAGCAACUGGCAGCUCGGACUACACAUGGACCUAGAUCUCGGGCUCAGAGUGUGGAACAGCAAACGGAAGUGUUUGAAGCUGAGGAGACAGACGUGCGAUCACCAAUUGGACCUAGCUUUGCCUUCAAUGUCCUGCGAGCCAUCGACAGGAUCGCGGAUGCUGCUGAGGAUGAGCCUGCUCCAGUCGAAAAUCUACAAUCAGAGCUGAUGGGAGAGCUUGUGGCGAUGGAGCGAGAAUGGGAAAAGGCCGCUAACAAAUCGAAAAGCUCGCUCAGAGGAGGAGAUUGGUUGCAGAAGGCUUUGCAGUCCACAGCCGCUGCGUGCAUGCACAAUCGGGUGAACAGGCAAGGCAGGAGCUACUGGACUUGUACGGAGCCAGAGCAGUACGCCUGCCAGCACUGCACGUCCGGGAAAAGGUGCUGCCUCAAGGUAGUGAACGGGGGGUUGGUGUUGUUGCCUUUGCACCCGGAGGUACGGGAGACGGAUGAUGCCAGUGCGGCAGGCUUCUACCGUGUGGAUGGAGAUGUGCCAGCGAGCAAAGGACGGCUGUGGGAGAAGAAGGUAUCUAAGACGGAGGGGACGGAGAAGUAA